AGGGGCGGGGGCGGGGCGGUCCCGGCUUGAGUCAGGCUGAGGGGCGGAACCCAGACCCCGGUCGCCACUGCCACUCCUGUACCCGCCGCUGUCAGCCGCAUUCGCCGUCGGUCCUCGCUCCUCACCAGCUUGGCAAAAAUGUCCAAACCUACAGAGACUGAGCGAUGCAUCGAGUCCCUGAUUGCUGUUUUCCAAAAGUACAGUGGGAAGGAUGGGAACAGCUACCAACUCUCCAAAACCGAGUUCCUCACCUUCAUGAACACGGAACUGGCCGCCUUCACAAAGAACCAGAAGGACCCUGGUGUCCUGGACCGCAUGAUGAAGAAGCUGGAUCUCAACAGUGAUGGGCAACUAGAUUUCCAAGAGUUUCUCAACCUUAUUGGUGGCUUAGCCUUAGCAUGCCAUGAGUCCUUCCUCAAGAGUUCCCAGAAGCGUUUCUAACCUUCCCAUUUCCCUUCCAGCCACCAAGUCAUCACAUCCUCCCCCACCCACACCUGCACUGAGCCCAACACAUCUGACAUAACAUGCAGCCUGUUCCUGCUAGCAGAAAUAAAACAAUGUCAUUUUUUUAAUGUA